AUGACUGCCGACAGGACUGAGCUUUUCUACAAUAUUUUGGAACUUACCGAAACGUAUUCAAAUUUGGGGUUAGAUAAUUUACAAAAUGGAAUUUUGACUGUGACAGCUGAGGACGCAGCCACUGGCAGCAACGAAGAGAUCGUCAUCCACUGCAACAAAGGCCGACUGCCGAAGAAAGAAGUUGAGCGAAUGAUCAUUGAAGCAAAAGAACUCGAGAAAUGUGACAAAAAUAUGAAAAAACUCCGAGCUUCUCGACACGAACUUGAGAUCCUCUGUAUUGAACUAAAGGACUUAAUUAGCGAGCAGAGAAACAACAAUCUUCUGGAAAAAGAAGAUUUCGUCAGCUUCUUGGGUGUCUGCAGGGAAACUGAGGAGUGGCUGGACGAAAACGAACAGGCUGCAGAGGAAGAAUAUCGGUCCCGUCAUAGCGCUCUUCUUAAAAUCAAGGAGCGCGUGCUUUAG